AUGAACAAGAACCCAUCCCUCUCCCCUCAUGAUUCUUCAAGCAGUACUCAUUCCUCUCUCCCACGAAUCUUCAACCAGUACCCAUAUCCAUCAUUACUAGAUUCCAUCAAGAACUCUAGCUAUCAAAUUGUUUAUCUUUGCAGAAAUCCCUUUGACACUUUCAUCUCCUUGUGGCAUUUCGUCUCCCAAGCAAGACUUGGAAGUCUUGGACCAUUAUCUUUGGAGGAUUCUUUUGAUAAGUUUCAAUGGAAUUGGAGGAUUUUGCCCUUUUUUUUUCAUGUUUUAAGGUUUUGGACAAAGAGCUUAGAAAGACCAGAGAAGUUGUUGUUUCUCAAGUUUGAGGGCAUGAAAGAAGACAUCAAUUCGCAGAUAAAAAGGCUAGUUGAGUUAUUGGGCUGUCCUUUUUCCGUGGAGAAAGAGAGAGAUGUGGCUAUAGAAGGAAUAUCAAAGUUUUGUAGCUUUAGCAAUUUGAAGAACAAAAAGGCCAACAAGACUGGUAAAUCCAUCCCAGGCAUUGAGAAUAAUACGUUAUUCAGAAGAGAUGAAGUAGGGAAUUGGGUCAAUUUUCUUACUCCUAUGAUGGUGCAUCGUUUAAACAAAAUCAUGGAACAAAAGUUGGCUGGUUCUGGUUUGUAG